AUGGCCUACUUAGCCCCCCCGGAGACCGUCUCCUUCCAGGGACUUCUGUUUGACAUGGACGGCACCAUCAUUGAUUCGACAGCAGCUGUUGAAAAGCAAUGGCAGACCGUAGGAGGCGAGAUCGGCAUUGAUCCCGAGGUCAUCUUGCAGACCUCACACGGCAGGAGAUCAAUUGAUAUUCUGAAGAUCCUUCAUCCUGAGAAAGCCAAUUGGGAUUAUGUCUGCCACAUGGAAGGGCUUCUUCCCAAGCUCUAUGGCGAGGACGCCGUCGAGAUUCCAGGCGCCCGCGAUCUUCUUCAACAGCUUAUCCCCGCCGGGGCACCCUGGGCUAUUGUGACAUCAGGCACGAUGCCACUUGUGACAGGCUGGCUGGACGUUUUGAAGCUGCCGCACCCCGAACACCUUGUCACAGCCGAGUCCGUCGAAAACGGAAAGCCCGACCCAACCUGCUAUAAGCUAGGACGCUCAAAGCUCAGCUUGGCUGAUAACGCCGAUGUUUUGGUAUUUGAGGAUAGUCCCGCUGGAAUCAAAUCUGGUAAGGAGGCCGGUUGUAAGGUGAUAGGGCUGGUAACCAGCCACACGUUGGAGCAAGUCAUUGCCGCCAAGCCUGAUUGGAUCGUCGAGGAUUUGCGUUCUGUCAAGAUGAUUGAAGUCAAGAACGGGGUUGUCACUCUGGAGAUCUCGAACGCUCUGACACAAACGUCACAAUGA